CAGAAGAAGAGUCAAAUUCUAUCUCUGCAUGGACAAGAGAAUUUGAAAGGCUGUAGUUUCCCAUUUUAGGCAACACCAGCACACCAGUCCACUGAGAGGAAAGGGAGAAGGCUGCUUUCAUUUUCACUACAUUUCCUGCCCAGAGAGCCAGAGCAGCAAUGGCUGAGAAGAGAUCGCCACAAGAUCCAGUCAAUGAGAUAAAGAUGAUUGCCAGCACCAUGUUUGGUGGCUUCUUGGAGGACUUGAAAGAAAAGAAGGUGUUAGAUAAGCAAGAGUUACAGACAAUAGGGAAAAAAGUGAAUGGCAUCGUGAAUAAGACCGAAAACCUGUUUGGCGAUUUCACCGAGAAAACUCAAAUGGUAGGAAAAGUAUUUAUGGACCAUUUCAUCAAUUCCAGGAGCCUGCUGAGGUUAAAAUCUCAUGCUGAAAAUGAAGAUGAUGAAUCUGAGAGCAGCGAGUCAUCUUCUUCUCUGACAGAGAAGAGAUCGCCACAAGAUCCAGUCAAUGAGAUAAAGAUGAUUGCCAGCACCAUGUUUGGUGGCUUCUUGGAGGACUUGAAAGAAAAGAAGGUGUUAGAUAAGCAAGAGUUACAGACAAUAGGGAAAAAAGUGAAUGGCAUCGUGAAUAAGACCGAAAACCUGUUUGGCGAUUUCACCGAGAAAACUCAAAUGGUAGGAAAAGUAUUUAUGGACCAUUUCAUCAAUUCCAGGAGCCUGCUGAGGUUAAAAUCUCAUGCUGAAAAUGAAGAUGAUGAAUCUGAGAGCAGCGAGUCAUCUUCUUCUCUGACAGUUAUUCAGGAAAUCCAGGCUUCCCAAGUGGACGUGCUGAAGCUUUGUCCCUGUAAGCAUUCUCAAGGACUGAAGACUGUAAGACUACAUGAGAUAUAUCCAGUGAUGGAGAAGGAGGGCCGAACACGCCUGGCCCUCAUCAUUUGCAACAAAGAAUUUGACUAUCUUUCUGAGCGAGAAGGCUCUGAAAAUGACAUUUCAGGGAUGCAAGGCCUGCUUGAAAACCUUGGAUAUUCGGUGGUUAUAAAGGAAAAUCUCACAGCUCUGGAAAUGAAAACGGAACUGAAGAACUUUGCCACCCGCCAAGAGCACCGAUUCUCCGACAGCACGUUCCUGGUGUUCAUGUCCCACGGCACCCUGGACGGGAUCUGUGGCACGAAGCACAGAGAUGAAGAGCCGGACAUUCUUCCCGAUGACACCAUCUUCCAGAUUUUCAACAACCGUAACUGCCAGAGUCUCAAAGACAAGCCCAAGGUCAUCAUCACGCAGGCCUGCCGAGGCAGAGGUGACGGGACCGUCUGGGUGACUGAUGUGGGAGAAGCGUUUGCGUGGACAUAUUACCAGCCCUUGCAGCGUUAUAUCGCCAGUGAUGCCAUAGAAAAGACCCACGUGGAGAAGGACUUCAUCGCUUUCAAAUCUUCGACUCCACAUAAUGUUUCUUGGAGAUUGAACACAGAGGGCUCUGUCUUCAUUUCCCAGCUUAUCUACUACUUAGGAGAGUAUUCUUGUUGUCACCAUUUGGAGGAGAUUUUCCGAAAGGUUCAAAAUGCAUUUGAGAAGCCAAAUACAAUGAUCCAGAUGCCCACGAUUGAGAGAUUAUCCAUGACACGAUAUUUCUACCUCUUUCCUGGGAAUUAAAAUCCAUAUGAAGCAUCUCAGGAAAAUUGAGCCAUUCCAUUCUCUGUGAAUCUACUAUUUUAAAAGGUUAACAUUUGAUUGUGAAUGUUUUUCUACUGAACUUCCCACUUGCCCACCCUCAGCCAACGCCAAGCUAAAACCACGGUCAUACUGUUGCUGAGUUAGUACUUAAUAAAUUUAAAAAAAAUA